AACCAGGUCCAUUCCAUUUCACCCCCUCUAACCACAUCUCCACCUGCAGCAAAGCCAGCAUGAGAUUCUUUCUGCUUUCUCACUCCCAUCCCCACAAGUAAACACACACACACAAACACAAAGAAACACACAUGCAUAUGUUGAUCUUGCCAGCUUGCCCUGCAACCAAGCAACACACACACACACACACACAAACAGCUCACCUGCUGUGCUGCCUCCCUCUUCUUGCCAAUCCAUGCAUCGUCUCCCAACGCUGCACACCAAUCCUCUCCUCCCCUCCUGAGUCCCCAGCCAUGGAGCAUCGUCGCCAUCCGUCUUCUUCUUUGCUUCCUUCUCAUGCAUUCCGUCUGCCUUGAUCAGACUCAUCAGAGCAAUGCCACUGCCAUGUCGACGUGCCACUCGUCGCCGUCGCUCCUGGACCUCGUGAGCCUCCCGCCUUCUCCUCCUCCUCCUCCGGGACCGCGAGCUCCGUCGCCGUCGGCUUCUUCGUCCUCCUCGUCGCCGGGCGGCGGCGGCGCCGGGAUGGUGCAGGUGGUGCCGCUGGACGUCAACGAGGAGCUCCUGGGGAAGUUCCGGGACACCAGCGAGUUCGGCUUCGAGUAUGAGAAGAGCGGCCUCUGGUCGCCGCUGGUGGCGCGGCCGGAGGCCCUCGCGCUCGCCGGCACACGCCGCCGCCGGAGCUGGAGGAGGAAGGUGUUCUGCUGCUGGUGACGUUCCGACAUGGAUGCAGCAUGGGAGCUUUUGAGCCACUCAUGGAUGACUCUGAGGAGUUUUGGGAGUUUUUCAUGUAAUUAUGGGAAUAUUUGAUUUGAUGUGUAAUUGGAAUUUAGUAAUUAAUUUGACACUGCGUUUUUCAUUUUGUUUUAUCUUGGAUUCUUGGCUUUGUACCUAGGAGCAUGUAGAGAAAUAUUCAAAAUGAGAAAUGACUUGUGUGUAGUAGUGUAAUCUAGUGGUGUGUUCACUGAUUUUUCAGUUUGGUCAAAAACCUGAUACGUGUGCAAAAUACAUAUAUAGGUGCUUGUUUUAACUAUUUAUUUAUGUUUGCUGAUAUGGAUGUAUAUACUCAGUUUCAUAUUCAUUACCCAUUCUCUCUUUUGAGGGCCUUCAU